AUGGAGUUGAAGACAAGUCUGAAAAAGAGGACAGAGCAACUGGUGGGUGGAAAAAGUGUGGUAUUCUUGUACCAUAAGUCCAUUCAGGUCCUGCUAGACAGGCUAUUGAUUGGUGGCAGAUGGAAAAGGCAGCCUGAGCUCACAGAUGAGCUGCUCACUCUUGUUGAGAGUAAUAUGAAGUGGAUGGUGGCUUUUGGCUUUGACAGGUCAUCUGCUAGCAGCAGGCUCACUAUCAUUGAGUGCUGUGGCCAGAUUGCUUGGGCCCUGUUCAUUACAGACAAACCUGGCGCACCAUUUGGACCAGCAAAUCUGAAGAAGCUGAUGGAAGCUGUGAAAAAUUGUAUUUCAAGCCUUUGCACAACCUACAAUGACUACCACAAGCAGCUUGGUGAGACUGGGCAUGGUCUUAUUGUUUCAGACCACAAACAUGAAAUUACACCUGGGUCUGAGAUCACAAAUGUUUACACUAGUUGUGUAGCCAUAUCCAACAGUACUUCAUCUCUUGACCUCUCUGUUCUUGACAGACUUGAGAAUGAUGCUGAUGUCUUUGACAAAGGUGGAGACAUCACUGAGAGUACUCCCCAUGACUUGUCACCAUUGAACAACUCCCAUCUUGGGUCUCCUGGGUUUGAUAUUGAAUGGCCACCUAGUGAGGGGGAGGUGACUGCCCCACUGUCCAUUCCUGAGCCCAAGGCAAAGCUCACAGUGAAACACCCUGCAUCACCCUGCACAGGCCACUCUUCAGUCAAGAGGAAAAAGACCUCACAGGAGCUUGCACAUGAGAUUGUGGAAGGUGAGGAUGCAGCUCAACUGUAG